UAUGCUGGUUUAUUUCGAUUAUCCUAUCGAUCAUUCCCAUUAUUUACACAAGUCACUUCCAUGACAAAUUUUACUCCAAAACAGGGGUAUGUAUUGCAUUGCCUUUAACACGCGACAGACCUCCAGGGUGGAUAUAUUCAAUGUCAAUUUUCGUUGGUUUGAAUUUCUGCACUUUUAUUCUGGUUGCUAUAGGACAAAUCUCGAUAUUCACAGAACUUCGGCGAGCAGGGUCAGUUAUGAAAAAAACACAGCAAUCCAGGAAACGUGAUUUGAGAGUGGCUAGAAAUCUUAUCCUCGUUGCAACAACUGAUUUUCUGUGUUGGUUUCCAAUAGGAGUGAUGGGUAUUUUGGCAUUAAAUGGAUUUCUGAUUUCAAGUGAUGUUUAUGCAUGGACUGUCGUUUUCAUAUUACCAAUUAACUCUGCCUGUAAUCCGAUUUUGUAUACAGUGACUGCAAUUAUUGGGAAGAAGAGUUUCAAUCCUAGUAUUGAUGAGCAGAGUAGAACCAUGGUCCAAAAAGAAAUUGGAAACGCCAUUCUAGAAUAUCAGAAAUUCAGCAAAUCCAUUCGGAUGAAAUAUGAGCAUGUACCCGCCGGAACAAUGAGAAGUCUCCAAGAAAUAAUUGAUGACGAGACAUGUUUGUCAGUCCGUACUGUUGCAGCAGUGUCCAAACAACUUGCCGACUACCUUCGACUAUUACAUGAGUCUUUUAUUGCAAUAGAUCAGAUAUGUGAGACUAAUAUCUACAUUGAAGUAAAUAAGACAAAGGAUAACAAACUAAUUGUUGUUAUUGAUGCAAAACUAGCGAUAGCUGCAGACGAAAGAGCUUUACAGGAAAAUAUCCGCCAAUUUGGAAAACUUCUGCAAAAACUUAUUUCAAAAUGUGUAAAUUGUAACAAGCGGAAAGAUAACAAAUAAAUAAAAAUGCGUUUCGAGUUCAACAUAAAAGAAUAUAUAGCAAAAAUACUACAAAUAAGUUUUUUAAAAAAAUCUGUAGCAGAAAAACUGUAAUUUGGCUGUUUUAUAUAUUUGUUGUGUAAUAAAAGAUGAAUUAAAAGAAUUGAAUAUCUCCCAAACAUUUUGGGAGACAUUGUUUUUGCCUUCGACGUCUGUCCGUCUGCAAUAAGAGUGUCUGUCUUUCACCUGCUGGAGGGAUUUCAAACAAACGUUAUAGGAUUGAUCAAUACCAUCCCUAGUUGUGCACAUUGCCAGCAUGUAACGCGUCGCUGCACAAAAUGCCAGCCAAAGCUAUAAAUAGAAAAAAACUUGUCAGGCUUUCACAGGUCAAACUGCUGGCGUGAUCAGUACCAUACUUAACCAGCACGUUCUUCUUCGCUACACAAAAUUGCCGCCAGAGUUAAAAAUAGAAAGUUCUUGUCCGGCUUUAACAUGUCAAACUGCUAGUGCGAUUGAAAUAAAACUUCACAGGAGUGAUCAGUACCAUACCUACUUGUGCAUUUCGCCGACAGGUUCUGCUUCCCUGGCUACACAAAUGGCCACCAAAGCUAUAAAUAGAAAAAAAUCUUGUCCAGCUUACACAGGUCAAACUGUUGGCAGGAUUUCAAUUAAACUUCAAAGGAGUGAUCAGUAAUAUCCCGAGGUGUGCACAUUGCCGUCAUAUUCUGCUCUGUUGUACAAAAUGGCCGCCAGAGCUAUAAAUAGAAAAAAUCCUGUCUAACUUCUAGCUGUAUAUCAUAAAGACUUCGCAGGAGUUAUGAGUAGCACACUUAGUUUUGGGAGACAUCUGCUUUUGUGACAUAAAAACCUUCUUGUUUAAAUUUCCUUUAUUCUUAUCCAUAUUAAACACCUUAUGUUUUGUUUUCUUGUUCAAGAUAUUUUCAUAAUGUCAUUAAUGUUUUAUAUAGCUUUAUUUAUUAUUAUUAUUAUUAUUAUUAUUAUUAUUAUUAUUGACCAACUUGUAAAAUCAAUUGAUUAAGAUUAAGGUCAAUUUACUAAUUCAUAAUACUUCAUAUCAUUCAAAAGAAUGAUUACUAGUUACGGCUAAACUAGUUAUGCAUGUGGCAUAUACAUAAAAUAUUUCAUGUUGUUUAAUAUUUAUACCUGAUGUUACAUGUGAAGUCUAUGAUACUUAUAAUACUUUAAUCAUAUUUGUAUUAGUCUUAUUGUAUACAGUAAUAUAUGUUCUUAUCAAUCCAUCAUUUUUGUACACUCAUGAAUUUUGAUGAUGACAUUUUAAUCACUUUAGGUCAUUUUUAAGCUACAAAUGUAGUUGAAUGUCCUGCUACUUUCAGUGUUUUCGUGGUAUUGUUAAUGUAUAUUUUGUGCGGUGAGAGUUGGAUAUGAUGUAUGUCUGUUAACCCAGGGAUGAUGGAAAAUAAGACCUACUCGGGUCGCAAUGGUAUUUCCUGAUAUUACUGCACUAGUUAAAGGAAGCAUGUUGUUUCAAGGAAUUAGACGCAAAAUUGAUUUAAUCGUUCAUCACAAUCGACAUAAAUUAUGAUUUUUAUGUUUACUUAAAAAAAAUUUAUAGUGACAUUAAUAUACAUAAAUGUUGCAAAAAAGUUAAAUUUGCGUUAUUUAAAAAAAUGUUUUUUUUAUAGAUUUCAAUGUUAUUGGUGUAAGGAAAACAUAAUAUUUAUGUGUGAUGGAAAAAAGUCCAGGUGAUAUGCAAACAGUGAACAGUAGGCUGUUAAUAGAGCGUGUACCUUCUUUCGCGCGUUAACAUCUUGAGAAGCACGAUAACGAUUUCUAAUAAGUCCGAGAGCUUUUGUGUAGGCGCAUGCACAACAAUGCAUUCGGGCUAUUUUUGGACUAUAAAGUAUGCCUCUGAUUCGAUACUUCCGACCGGGUCGUCAUGGAAGUAGGUUUGUUUUACAUAAUGAUGCAUAAAUGUACAUGUAUAUCAACGAUACGUGCCCGUCUGAUUUCAUCCAUUGAUGCAUGUUUUCUUCUUCGUCAGUGUAUUCCUGCGUGCUCAGAUUUUAUUGAAAAUUGUGUUAUGUAAACAGUUCAUCUUUUUUUUUUUUUUUUUCAUUUUUUGUAUUUUAUAUAUUUAUUAAUUGUAAUAUUUGAAUAUUUAAGAUGUUUUUAUUCUUUACAUUCUGAGAUUAGAAAUAAUGUUGUGCUUUUUCAUAGAUAUUGUGCAAUGUAUACAUAUAUGUUAUUUUGUAUUUUAAAAAAUCGCUAUGUACUUUUAGAAAAACGUUUAGUAGUAAGAUAUAGAUGAUGUAACUGUUUUUUGUAGCUUUAGAAAUGUUCUUUAUUGGACUUUGAAUGUUAUAUUGUAUUGUAUUUAUAUUUAUUGUAAUAAAUGUGAUUAGAUUAGUGUAAUGUUUUAGAUGACUAGCAAUACAAUGUCAAUGAUACACCUACUACAUGUAAUAGUUUAAGUGUAGUUAUGUGAGUGGAUUCCAAUUCAUACUUAUGUAUUCGUUUUUAUUUUUCUUAUUUUUAUUAAUAUUAUCUUUUUUUAUCAUUUUCUGUUGUAUUAGAUAAAAUGGACUUAUUGUCAAGCAUCAAAUAAAACAAUAAUCCAC